AUCAACCAACUCCACUUGCAACCUUUUCAGGACAACAUUCAUUCAUUCCUAAAAUUGGAUAACCAGUUUUUCAACAUUUUGAUGCCCGUGCUGUCCAUUGUUCAUCCGUGAGUCCUUGUUUAUGUUUAAGGUGUCUUAUCUCUUUCUCUCUCUACUUCUGUCCCUAGUUGCUAGCUAAGACAACAUGUAUUCUACUGUUCACCCUUUUUCUCUCCCCAGCUGGAAUAAUUCAUGAUAGUGUACAACAUUAGCAUCCCAAAGGAGAUUACUUUCCAAAUCCAAACCUUACCUUUCACGAGAUGAGCUUAAGCCUUACUUCAUUGUCUGCACCUGCACUUCACUCCAACCUGCUUUGUUUCCUAGUGCCUAUAUAUAUUCUCCCUCACAUGUCUAUGUUCUCUUAACUCUUUAUCUUCUUUGUCCUCCUCUGCCUCUCUCAUUUUAUGUUUUACAUUCUCUUACUCUAUUGAAUCUCCAGCCUUCACUUUCUCUUCAUUUCAGAUAUCCAAAGAGGAUGGAGGCUGUUGUGUUUGUGUUUAUGUCCCUUCUGUUGUGUGGUUGUGCUGUUAGUAAAGAGUGCACAAACAUUCCAACACAGUCUCACACAUUGAGGUACGAGCUAUUGGCAUCCAAGAAUGAAACAUGGAAGGCACAGGUGAUGUCUCACUACCAUUUGACGCCAACGGAUGAGUCUGUUUGGGCUGAUUUGCUGCCAAGGAAGUUGUUGACAGAACAACACCAAAAUGAAUGGGGGGCUAUGUAUAGGGAAAUUAAGAACAUGGGUGUGUUCAAUGCACCUCAAGGCUUUCUCAAAGAAGUGCCUCUUCAGGAUGUGAGGUUGCAUGAGGAUUCUAUCCAUGGUAGAGCACAGCAGACGAAUAUGGAGUAUCUGUUGAUGUUGGAUGUUGAUAAUUUGCUUUGGAGCUUCAGGAAGACAGCUGGUCUAGCCACUCCUGGGAAACCUUAUGGAGGAUGGGAAGGUCCAGAUGUUGAGCUCAGGGGUCAUUUUGUUGGGCAUUACUUGAGCGCAUCAGCUCUAUCGUGGGCUAGCACACAGAAUGAUAGCCUGAAGCAGAAAAUGUCAUCUCUUGUGGCUGGUCUGUCUGCCUGUCAGCAGAAAAUUGGAACUGGAUAUCUAUCUGCAUUUCCAUCGGAGUGGUUUGAUCGAUUUGAAGCUAUUCAACCUGUUUGGGCUCCCUAUUAUACCAUUCACAAGAUUUUGGCUGGUCUCUUGGAUCAAUAUACUUUUGCUGGAAACCCUCAAGCUCUAAAAAUGGUAACAUGGAUGGUUGAUUACUUCGACAACAGAGUUCGGAAUGUAAUAACAAAGUACACAGUAAAUAGACACUAUAUAUCAAUGAAUGAGGAAACUGGAGGAAUGAAUGAUGUCCUAUACAGACUAUACAGCAUAACGGGGGAUUCUAAGCAUCUAUUGUUGGCUCACCUUUUUGACAAGCCGUGCUUUCUAGGGUUGCUUGCAGUGCAGGCUAAUGACAUAGCUGAUUUGCAUGCUAAUACGCAUAUUCCAAUUGUUGUUGGAUCUCAAAUGCGGUAUGAAAUCACAGGCGAUCCACUUUAUAAGGAAAUUGGAACAUUCUUUAUGGACCUCGUAAACUCUUCUCACAGCUAUGCAACGGGAGGGACAUCAGUCAGCGAGUUCUGGAGUAAUCCUAAGAGAAUAGCAGACAAUUUAGGAACGACAGAGAAUGAAGAAUCGUGCACAACUUAUAACAUGUUAAAGGUUUCACGCCACCUGUUUAGAUGGACCAAAGAAGUCUCUUAUGCAGACUAUUAUGAACGUGCCUUAACCAAUGGUGUUCUCAGCAUUCAAAGAGGAACAGAUCCUGGAGUGAUGAUUUAUAUGCUUCCACUAGGUCUUGGGGUUUCCAAGGCUAAAACUGGACAUAGUUGGGGAACACCAUUUGACUCUUUCUGGUGCUGCUAUGGAACAGGAGUUGAAUCAUUCUCAAAGCUGGGGGAUUCUAUCUAUUUCGAAGAGGAAGGAAAAAAUCCUACACUUUACAUCAUUCAGUACGUAUCAAGCUCAUUUAAUUGGAAAUCUGGCAAAAUUUUGAUCAAUCAGACAGUUGUUCCAGCUGCUUCAUGGGAUCCUUACCUACGAGUGACAUUUACAUUUUAUCCUGUUGAGAGUACUUUGUCUACAUUGAACUUUCGACUACCAAGUUGGACUCGUCUGGAUGGUGCCAAGGGGAUAUUAAAUGCUGAAACUUUAUCUCUGCCAACUCCAGGAAACUUUUUGUCAAUCACAAGACAGUGGAGUGCUAGUGACAAGCUGACCCUUCAGCUGCCCCUUACCACAAGAACAGAAGCCAUAAAAGAUGACAGGCCUGAAUAUGCAUCAGUUCAAGCAAUUCUCUAUGGUCCUUAUCUUCUGGCCGGUCAUACAACAGGUGGUGAUUGGGACCUUAAAACCGGGGCCGACAAUGCAAACUGGAUUACUCCUAUUCCUGCCACUUACAAUAGUCAACUUGUUUCUUUAUUCCAAGACUUUGGAGAAUCAACUUUUGUUUUGGCAAAUUCAAACCAGUCUCUUGCAGGGCAAAAAUUGCCUGAAUCUGGCACUGAUUCGGCUGUUCAAGCAACCUUUAGGCUUGUCCUACAAGAAUCUUCCCCAAAAUUUUCAGCAUUGGCAGAUACUAAAGAUAGACCAGUGGUGUUGGAACCAUUUGAUCUUCCUGGGAUGAAUGUGAUUCACCAAGGAGCAGACAAACCUCUUCUCAUUGCAGAUUCUUCCAAUGGUGGACCAUCUUCUGUUUUUCUUGUGGUACCAGGAUUGGAUGGUAGAAAUGAAACCAUAUCUUUAGAAUCCCAAAGCAAUAAGGGCUGUUAUGUGUAUAGUGGUAUUAGCUCAAAUGCAGGAGUCAAGCUCAGUUGCAAAUCUGAUUCUGAUGCUACUUUUAACCAAGCAACAAGCUUUGUUUCUCGGGAAGGAUUGAGCCAAUACCAUCCUAUCAGUUUUGUGGCUAAAGGGGCAAAGAGGAAUUUUCUUUUGGAGCCAUUAUUCUCAUUCAGAGAUGAACACUACACAGUUUAUUUCAAUAUUCACGAUUGAUACAUUUUUUUCCCAUUUAAAAUAAACGGUAUAGUAAGCUUGGUCUAUAAAUGCUCAAGCAAUCGAUAUUCAAUUGUAGAAAGAAUAGUUGGUGAAUAAUAUACCUUCCUUUGUUCGGUGCUGUUAUUCUGUUGUGGAAGUCAGCUGCACAAGGUGACCUUUCUAUUUCUUUAUAGAAAAGAAAAUAUUUGACAGGGGAGAGAAGGUGAUAAUGAAGUGUUUGGAGAUCUUACCUUGACGAAUAAUAUUAUCAUAUUGAUGUAUAUAAGUGGAUAACAAUUCUUAAAUUACUAAUUAGUUUUGUAAGGUUGUUAUAGACUUCGAUUCACUUUCUUAAAGAUGGUAGUAAAGUUUAUCAAACCAUCAAUGUCUAGUUUUGCAAAUUUUUUGUUUGCCCUUGAUA